AUGUCAGCUGAAGAAGUGAAACCAACUACAGAGGAAUCAUCUAUCCCAAAGCCUCCUACUUCAAAUGUAUUCUCCAUGUUUGGAGCUAAGAAGGAAAAGAAGGAAGAGCCACAAGAAACUAAAGAGGUUAGCAAAACUGAGGAGUCUAAAAAGGAUGAAUCAAAAUCUGAAACCAAAAAGGACAACAACGAUGAUGAGGCAGCCGCUGAAGAAGAAGCUGAUGUUGAAUUCACUCCCGUGAUUCAUUUGGAUAAAAAAGUCGAUGUCAAGACCAAUGAAGAAGAUGAAGAUGUUGUUUACAAAGUUCGUGCCAAACUUUUCCGUUUCCAUGGAGACUCCAAGGAAUGGAAGGAAAGAGGUACUGGUGAUGUAAAAUUCUUAAAGCACAAGACUACGGGAAAGACUAGAAUCUUGAUGAGAAGAGACAAGACCUUGAAGAUUUGUGCCAAUCAUUUGAUCCAACCUGAUUAUGAGUUGAAGCCAAAUAUCGGAUCAGACAGAUCAUGGGUGUAUACUGUUACUGCUGAUGUUUCGGAGGGUGAGCCAGAAGCACAAACCCUAGCUAUUAGAUUUGGAAAUAAGGAAAACGCCGACUUGUUUAAAGAACACUUUGAAAAAGCCCAAGCUGAAGGUAAGACCAAGAAGGAGUAA